AUGGCACUAGAGCUUGUCUUUCUCAACCGCCCGUGGCCGCUCGACCACCCCCUCCCACGCGCGCUCUUCGGCUGCACCUCCGUUACCCGGCUGCACCUCGGCUUGUGCAGGGUCCCCAGCACCGCCGGGCUCCCGCGUGCCACACGCUUCCCCCACCUCCAGGAGCUUGUCCUCAGCAUAGUCAUCAUUGAGGACCGAGACCUCCACUUCCUGAUCAACCGGAGCCCUGUCCUGGAGGUCCUCACCAUCACCACAAACCUGACCGGGACGGCUCGAGUCCGGCUGGUCAGCCGCAGUCUGCGGUGCGUGCAGCUGAGGAUGUCUGCCCAAGUGGACAUCACUGUGGUGGACGCUCCUCGUCUGGAGAGGCUGCUCGUGUGGAUGCUAUCACCUGCCAUAACCGGCAGGAAAUGCUCAAGGAUCAAGAUUGGCCACGCACCCAACCUGUGCAUGCUGGGACAUUGCCAGCCGGGAUUCCAACUGGAGAUUGGCAACACCAUCCUCAAGGUGGGUACUAAAAUGAGCCCAAGCGCCAUGGUACCAAGCGUCAAGAUCUUGGCCUUGGAGGUGGGAUUUGAAGUCCACAAUGAAGUCAAAAUGAUGCCUUGCUUUCUCAAAUGUUUUCCAAAUGUCGAGACGCUCCAUGUUUUUUCAGUGAAUGAUGACCCUAGUGGCAAGGUUGAUCCCAAGUUCUGGAAGGGGAAGGAGGCUGGCUGUAUUGAUUGCGUCCAGAGGCAUGUGAAGAAAUUUGUCUUCCAAGAGUUUCGGGGUAAGAAAAGUGAGCUAGCGCUCCUCAAGUUCAUUGCUGAGAGAGCGCAGGUCCUGGAGAAGAUGGUGGUCAUGGUGGCCUCGAAAUGUUUCUCUUCAGCAGAUGCUUUCAAUGCCAAGCUGAAGUCUCUGACUUCUGCAAUAUGGGCCAGUAAAGACUUAGUGCUUCUGUUCUUCAACAUUCCAACACUCUCUAAGUGUGCAGCCAACAACAUGCAAGCUAAGCCAAUGAAGAUCGGGAAGAAAAGAGAGGAAGAGAAGGAAGGAUUGUCAUUUCAUGUAGUAGAGCUAUUUGAACCGUCAUUUCAUCCAGCCUUGCACGGGGAGAGGAAGAAGGGGAAGGCACACUGA